AUCUAAUUGAAAUUAUAUCUGCACGCGGAAACACGGCUUUGGAACCAACAGCUGCUCAAACAACGCUAUUACGUAAAGAGAUUGAGUCAUUUGCACGUAGUCUUUCUGAAUAUAAUUUGUCUGAAACGGAGUCAACUUCUUCAACGGAUAAAAAACAAUUCUUCAAUGCAUCCAAAGUUAUUAAUGAAAUGCAGUCUUUAACACAAAAGAUUGAGAAAUUUGUACCAUAUUUAAAUUUAAUGAUGACAACUAGUGGUGCGAAUUUAGGAUGGAGUUUACCAAACUCUACCAGUCCCUCUCGUCUACUUCAAGCGUCAGAUGCGUUACGUGAAGCAAAUCGGCUAUUUUCAAAAAGUAGCAAACAGAUACGAGUUGGACCUGGAUAUAAAUUAAAAUUAUACUACAUGUUUACAGCUUCUGUUCGUCCCAAGUCUGUGAAUGAUUUUACGUGGAAAGAAGAAUUCUCAAAAUGCGAUGCUGCUUUAUAUCGAGUUCAUGAUGUUAAAGAAAAUGAGGAAAGAAGAGAGUACAUGUAUGAAUUGGUAAUUAUUGAAGAUUUAAAUGAUGGAAGAUAUCAUGAAGAAUUUGAUAAUGAUGGCCUUGCAAAACAACUUGCAGAAGAAGCUAAGCUCGGAAAACAUUCACAGUGUAUUCCAGGCAAAAUAAAACGGAUUCCAGUUGGUGAAAUUUCUCGUUUAUAUUAUACUUCAUCCGGAUCUUUGCUGAAUAUUGAAGAUUCGAAGAGUCCAGUGCUUGUACUAAAAGUAAUAAAAGGACUUUCAAAGGCUCACUUAUUAAAGGCAGAUGAUGAAACUACGCGUAAUACGGAUUUAGAUGCGAAUCCGUUAUAUGUCCCUCCGAAUACUUCAGAAAAACACGCGAAAGAGUCUAAAGAACAUUCGAAUGCUGAUUUGUUCGCUUUAGAGAUAUUUCAGGAACCUAUCGAAACUGAUGAUGAUGAGGAAGAAGAAGAGCCUUUAA